UGAAGGAUAACCCAUUCGUAAUAGGCAUUAUUGAUGAGUCUGAUGUAUACAACCAGGUCAUUACACUCGAGGAGAUCGUCCGACUGUUCAAAGAGUUGCAGUAGCUUGUAUUACGACCACUUCUUGAUACAUCUGAAGAAAUACCUUCCUGAUUAUAGGAAGAAACGAGAGUUUUCCUUAAGACCAGUCUUUCAAACCAUUAACAGCAUCGGAUUUUUGAGAGAUGUGCCUUCCUUUACUAAUUCGAGAGAAACUCAUUUGAAUAUUAAGAUAAUCAGCACAGCUUUGGUGUUGCUUAAGAAGCAGCUGCUUAAUUAUAAGGAUAUAUCUCAAGGAAUUCGCUCUUUCAGUCUUGCCGGCAAGGAAACAUACUGUGGGCAAAGAGUCGAACUCAACCAUGUCAAAGUCAAUAAUGCCCUUAGACUGAUGAACAAGGUCAUUCCAGAUAAGAAAUUUAUCGAAAAUUGGACGGAGAUGUGCUAUGACACUCUUGAUUGAAUGAGCUCAAGGAAAAAAACAGUCAUAGAGCAACUCUAUGACCCUAAUUGCUCUGACUCCAGUCGUAUUGACUUUGCUGAAAAUGAAUCAAGGUGUUUAGAUAGCUCAGAGGCUAAAUAUCUCCUUCCUCACGAAUUCCUUUAUCUAAUUUGCAAUGCUGAAGAUCGGGUGAGUCAUAUUAUGAAAACUAAGAAAGGUCCAGGCCUGAACCUGAAUAAGAAAAUCAUUAAAGAUUUUGACUUUAUCGACAAAAGAGAUAUCAGGGUUGGAUCCAAGGCUACUAUUAUUCAGAAAGAUCCAUGAAUUUAUUUACCUAGUUCAAUUAACUUUGAAGGGACUGGGAAUGCAAAAAACAUAAUGAGCAUGAGUAUAUCUCAGAUUAAGAAGGACCAAGGGUCUUCUAAGAGCCGCAUUAACAAUUACGACGAUCAAAAGACAACUGCUGAAGUCACUGGAAUCCUCAAAACCCUUGAGGAGAAGAACUCCAAGCUUUCAGAUGACCUCAAACAGGAUAUCUCACGCUUCAGGUACUACAAGGUUGAAAAUAAAAUGGUCAAAAGACGUACAGACAUUAUUAUCAAGAAAGAAAGUAACCGGAGAGGGUCAAAAACCAAAAGAGAUUCAAGCUCAAAGAAAAAUAGCCAGAUUGGAGUCGUGACUACAGGGCAACCUGUGCCUAUUCCAAGGAUUCCUACUGAGAAAAUCCAGCCUGGGACUCAGAGAUCCAGGCAGACAAUCAAUCUCUCCUCCCUGAAGGACGAGAAGCGGGAUGCAAAAACUGACAUUUUCAGUAAAACUGCGGUUGAAGUACACUCGAGCGACCAGAAGAAACCCAAGAAGUUGAAGAGGUCUGGGACUGGUCCCAUCAACUACAUUUCCAAGAACAAGCAACUUGGAAGGGUUGCUGAUAUCAAUAAACGCAGGUUUUCCAAGCUAUUUUGCCCUAACGAUGAAGAAAGGGAGAGAAAUAUCAGAAUUAAAACUAUGAAAAGAGAUGCUCACACUGCUAGGAUGGGCAACCGAGAGAAGAUCCACUUCUUCAUGAAUUCAGACAAGCCAGAGACUCCUGGCAUCGGCUCAUAUAGAAACCAAUCUGUUAGAGAGAAGAAAAAUCUUGAUAUCAAGCAAACUAAUACAUUGAUCAGCAAGGUAAAUCCUGAGGAGCUUUAUGAAAAUAUCAUCAAGAAGGAUAAGCCUCGCACCAUGCAAGCAAAGACAUCAAUGACAGAUGCCAAUUUUACACAAGGUUUGGGCAACUUUAGGAACCGUGAGCAAAUGAGACCAAUGACUCGACAGGAGAAAGCUCUAGAAUCAGAGCCUUCAGCUGAUAUCUCAGAAAGAAACCACAAAGAGUCAAAGAUGAGUAGCUUGUUAAUCCAGUCUGACGAGAAAGGCCAGAUGCAGUACUUCACUCUGUUCAAAAAGGGCCUAAAGAAGCCAACAUUUGAAGAUGAGAAUAAGAAAUUUAAGAAGAAAGACCUGCCUCCGAAGAAGAAGAGGAUUGUCGAGAAGCCUAUUCGGAGUUGGAGGAAGGAAAAUAUUCACCUCGAGACAGUCAUGGGUAAACUAUUGACCUCCUACGCAAUGAUGAAGCCACAAGAAAUUGAUAUUAGAAAAGGAAGCCAGAAAAUGAAAGGUAAAAUCCAGACCAGAGAAGCACAGAGGCCAGGAGCUACACAUGUGAAAUCCCAGAACUUACUCUUGUACAACCAGAAGGUCCCAGAUGAGGAGUACUUUGACAUGCAGAAGAAAUCAGAGAAGAGUUUUAGAGGCUCCCAGUCUCAUAAAUUCACAAUGAAGUAAAUUCAAUUUUAUAA